AUGGCACCUUCACGGUCCCGCGCCUCACUACUCUCUCUCCUCGCUGCUACAUCGCUCCUCCCCCAGACGGCAUGGGCCUUCGAGUGCGAUAACAUCGUCGCUGAUGGCGCACACUUCAACUUCAAAGAGCUAGGUGGGCCCCAUACGGUACAUUGGGAAGAAUCGGACCUGGAAAAGGAGCUUAAGUUCAAGUACAACUUCACCCUUGAUGUCUGCAAUGCCCUCAAAUGGCACAAGGGUGGCUCACUCGAUACCGAGUGCCACCACGGCGCAAGGGUAUGCGCCAUUAGGGAAAUGGUUGAUCUCAGCAAGGAGAACAGUACAAGCAUCACGCCCAUCGAUAUCGCAGGUUCCUACCCAAUGCAGAAUGGCCGAACAAUCGACGCCAAGUUUGAGAAUCUAGGUCAUUCAAAGAGUAACUCUGAUGCGCGCGAGGGUGUCCGAGCGACUCUGAACGGCGGCCGAUUUCCAUUUGAUGACAAGAAGGAAGGCAUGAAUCAGCGCGCCAUUAUUGAGUUUGUGUGUGAUAAGGAGAGGUCCGGAUCCGAGGGCAACGAGGUGGACAACAGCCCGCAUGAGGAUGGCGACAAGGAUGACAAGGACGGCGAUAAGAAGGAUGAUAAGAAGGACGACGACAAAAAGGAUGAUAAGAAGGAUGACAAGAAAGAAGGCAAACUCAAGGCAAGAGAGGAAAAUAGCAAGGGCAAAUGCGAAGAUAGUGACGCCAGUCUUCGCUUUUGUGGGUAUGAGGUGGAGCCUGACACCAAGGACAAGAAGGUCCGCACACUGCGCUUGGAGUGGCGGACCAAAUACGCCUGCGCAGAUGCGCCUGAGCCCGACAACGGUUCCCACUGGGGCUUCUUUGGCUGGUUCUUCAUCAUGUAUGUGCACCCUUCACCCUUCUCUCCUCUUCUACACCCAUCUCAAAUUCAAGAAACUAAUCACAUAUCGAAAAAUAGCCUCUUCCUCGCAAUCGCCGCAUACCUCAUCUUCGGCUCCUGGCUGAACUACAACCGCUACGGUGCUCGUGGCUGGGACGCGCUACCCCAUGGUGAUGCGAUCCGCGACAUCCCUUACGUUGCAAAAGAUUUCGCGAGAAAGGUGAUGGAUACGGUACAGGGCAGUGGCAGUAGAGGUGGUUACGCUGCUGUGUAA